UCACCAAAAAGGAAAUUCUCUCAAGGACCAGAUCAUGAUCAGCUUGUGUGGCAGUUAUGAAAAUUGUGCAUUCCCGCGUUGCAGGUUCCUGCCGUUCAGACACUCGAUGCAAGGAGAAAGGGAUGCUUGUUGACAAGUAACGAGACACGCAGUCUGACGAGAGCGAAUUGUCACGAAGUACUCCCAGAAAAGUCGUUCAGUGUGAAAGGAAGCUUCAGCUUUGGUAUGAUACAGUUCAGAAGCAUGCACUUGGGCGCACGGUCUUAGCACCAUUGCGAGGUGCACAUCCAAACGGUUCGACCAUCUAUUUGGGAUAUUCAUUUACUGCCGACAAAGAUAUCGCAUCAAUCGCAAUAAUGGAACUCAACUUCACCUGGCACUUACGACGUCAUCAUCCUUUUUGAAGAUGCAACGAUACUUUCGGUUCACAACGAGCACCUCCGAGCAAUUUCCCUGCCUUCUGAUGCUUUUCAUCCUGAUUGAUUGGGACUGAGGGUGAUUUUGUUGAAAGAUCUUCUGAAUUUGUAGCUAAGGCUGAUCCUUCAGCGCAGCCAGAUCGAUCUAUCUCAGAGCGGACAGGUUUGAGGUUGUAAGCCAUGAGUCGCAAUGCCUGGGAUUGCAGGAAUUUGAGUGGGGAUUUGGGUCGGUUGUAGAGGAAGGAGAAUGGGAAAGAAGCACAAAAAAGGUUGGAAGAGGAACAGAGGAUCCGAAUCAGAUGACGAUGAGGAUGAAGAAGACGACGAUGACGGCGGUGGCUCGGACGAGGAGGACGAGGACGAGGACGAGGACGAGGAAGAUGAUGACGAAUCUCAUGAGAGUUCAGAUGAUGAAGAUUCCGAGAGCAAUGCGGACCGUCACCAUCGCAAGAAAAAACACAAAAGACAUAAGCAUAAGAAACACGGAUCAUCCUCAGACGAUGACGAUGGCAACGACGAUGGGCAUAGCGGGAAGAAGAAGAAGCACGGGAAACAUAAAAAACAUGGUGAUGGCAAGCACCGGAAGCACGGCCAUGGUCAUGGAAAGCAGAAGAGCAAGAAAGAGAAGAAACACGGAGGAGACAUUGCAGAAGAUUUCGAGUUAAUCCCAUUUCGCUAUUCCUCAAAUUCCAUAUGUCUGUGGUCCGACCGGUUCUGCGAGCCUUCCUCUGCACCCUGGCUCCUGAUAUAUGCUCCUCACUGUACUUUUGACCCAAACUCUUGCACCCUCCGCCGCGUUCUACAAAAGGCUGCCGAUGCUGCACUCAAUGCGUGAUCCAAUGACGAUUCUGAUUUGCGUUCUCGAUGAGGAUUUGACCCGCACGGUAUUGCGAUUCAAUUUUACAACAACAAGGAUCCCACUACGAUCCACUAAGCUCUUCAACUCCCGUCCGAGAAUUUCAGAGCAUGUUCACCCUGAGUAUUCCGGCUUCGAAAAGGCAGCAAGUUUCUCAAACCAAAGUUUGAACUCAUCAUUCUACGUUUUGAAUGUGAUUUUUGUGCCGCAAUAGGUUAAGGGUGGACCAGAAGUUGCGAUCCGCGAGAAAGGUGAUCAAUGUCCUCAAUUACAAGGAAACGAAGAAAUUACGACUGUCACUCAUCUCGCUCCGCCCGACGAGACGAACGCGCAAACAUCAACCGACGGCCUACCUCCUGCAACCCUCGAGCUGUGAACUAACUAAGAAGCAUGCAUCCGUGGCAACCCAUGAAACAACUUCGUCGGCAUAGAUUCUCCCGAUUCCGAGAAAAGCUUCAAAAUGUUGAGGAAAGGGACGUGAAGUAAAGUUGUGACGAAGCAGAACUGUCUGUCCAUCCGUCCGUCUCUGUACCACGACGAGGAAGAAUGUUCGAGUUGAACCAUGGAUGGAUGGGAGGAUGGUGACAACCCAAUACAGUGCUAAACAAAUGAAAGCCUAGUGGCUCCCGAUAAUCAUUACACAAAGGCAUUGCUCGUGAUUCUAUCGAACAUAUCUGACGGUUGUGGAGAAUGGAGCGGGAAACUGAAGCCGUGCAAAGUUCUGCUCGGUACCCAGUUUUACGAAGCCCUGAGUAGAGAGUGUGCGAAUAUCUGGGGAUCUCGUGUAGCAAUCCAGAAGUAGUAAUUGCCGACUCCGUAGAGUAGACCAGAUCCGUCGGCAAUAUCCAGUUUGUUGUGCUCCAGGUCACGGUAAAAGUGCAGUUGUAAGACGACAUCGCGAGAAUGUAUCGAUUAUAUAAAUUCACCUAUCCGUGUGACAGAAUAAAGCUACAUAUAAUCGUCAUGUAAAUCGA